AUGGCCACAGCGGCUCCUCUGAACUUAGCACCACCUCACCUCUGCUUCCCUUCAAGCACAGCAGCUGCUUUCUUGGGACCAAACACCACCACCAUGCACGUUGCCAGGCCAAAAUCUGCUAAGGGCCGCACCAGGCCAAGCUUCAGUUGCUCUGAGAGCGUGGAAGCCUGUCCUUGCCGAAUGCCACCUUCCCUGCCACCAGCAGCUCCUCCCAAACUUGUGAAGAACCGGAGAGCGUCAUCCACAAAGCCGGCAUUCCCAUCAGGCCAGGUGUCUCCUAAGGAAAUCCCGGAGCUCCUGCAGCAAGUGCCUCUGAGGACCUCUUCCUCCCUCAACAAGUACAAGGUGCUCCCCUCCAUCGGCUGGAAGGGCGGAGGGAGCAGCGCUGUGGAAGCCGUGGCUGAACAGAUUGACCGGCUGGAAGUGAGUGAGGGGCGGGAGGAGGCUCCGACAAUCAAAACUCUUUCUGAAGAACAAGGAUCUGCCGGUGCGUUGUCAGAAGCCGAUGUCCCUGGUGAAGAAAGCUCACAUGCACAGUGUCCUCCUGAGACAGGAAGGAAAAUGAGACAAGAGAGCCCUUUGACAUCGACUUUAAGUUUGGAAGAGCCACCGAAAGAACAGUCGCACUUGCUGCUCGCUAUUCGAUCUCCCUCUGGUCAGAGAUUUGAACAUCACUUCAAGCCCACUGACAGCCUCCAGAGGGUCCUUGCUGUGGCGGAACAGAAAACAUCGGCCAAAUACAAAUGUUGCUGCGUGGAAACGGUGGAGGUGCCCUGCAGGAGCUUCUCUGACCUUACGAGAUCCCUCCGCGAGUGUGGGAUUCUCCACAAGUCCGUGCUGUGCAUCCGACAGACAGAGCAGCACGACGCAGAUCUUUAG